AAUGCUGUGAGCUGUUUUACUUGAUGUGAACCUGCUGAUGCAAAUAAAGAGCCUGCUGGCUAUUGAACCAUGCUCUGUUGUCAAGACUGCCUUCAAUUUCAUCCAGUGCUAUAUUGGUGAUCAGAAGUGGGAUUGAUCAAACACCGUGGAAAGUAAAGAAAGAGCUGGUGGAAGGUGUGACUGGAGCCGACACACCGCCACUGUCCGGGCAGAGAUCGGCAGCAAGAGAGGGAGUCUCCUGAGACGCUGCGAGAGUGGGUUGCUGAGAGGGAGAUGGGAAGCGGAGUCAAAGCGGGCUCUGCAGAGGAGAGACCAGCGGCGAGCAGCAAGACCCAAGCAGUCGGCAGAGAACAAGUGGGAAGUCGAGAGAACAGCCAGGCGGAAUAAAGAUCCGGGAUUCAAUGGCACCACUUACUGGAGAGUCAGGACUGUGAGCCCAGUGUUUAGCAUGCUACCGGCCGCUGCGGUGGGCAAACCGGGGGAAUCAUCAAAACCCCACGGCAACCCCACGGCAACCCCACAAAGGCCGGUCAGCCCAACCUCAGCUAACGACUCAUCAGCCUGCAAUAAGUAUCUCCCCUCUUCUGUUGUUUAGGUUAGGCUUGGGACCAGGACAGGGUUUUUAGUCUGAAUGGAGCAGGCCCCAUCUUAGCAGCUUUAUUGUGAAAAGGAUUCCACAUCUUGUGGGUGGUCUUUUUUUUUACCACAGGUGAGUCUGCAGUUUCACGUGUUUGCAAAUGGCCAGUCCUGGGCUAGAAUUAGAGGGAAACCAACACCAACACCAGCACCAGGACGCGUCUCCUGAACCUGCGUUCCUGGAGGCUCAGAAAUGGAUCGAGGCAGUCACAGGCAGGUGUUUUGGAGAGAAGAGCUUUCGCAGUGGUCUGGAAAAUGGAAUCCUGCUAUGCGAGUUGUUGAAUUCUAUAAAACCCGGGCUUGUGAAGAAGAUCAAUAGACUCCCAACCCCUUUAGCAGGACUGGACAAUAUCAUCUUGUUCCUGAGAGGCUGCGAAGGGCUUGGCUUGAAAGGCACACAACUUUUUGAUCCUGGUGAUCUUCAGGACACCUCCAACAGGGCUAACAUCAAGGGGUCUGACUGCUGUCGAAAACUGAAAAAUGUGUUGAUCACUAUAUACUGGCUAGGGAAAGCUGCCAAUAGCUGUGCUUCAUAUAGCGGGGCGACACUGAACCUGAAGGAGUUUGAGGGACUGCUGUCACAGAUGCGCAAGGAGGCUGAAGACCUAGAGAGCCCCAAACACAGCAUUCGUGACAGCGGCUACAUAGACUGCUGGGACUCUGAACGCAGCGACUCCCUCUCGCCACCCCGGCACGGCAGAGACGACUCCUUCGACAGCCUGGAUUCAUUCGGCUCACGCUCGCAUCAUACUCCCUCUCCCGAUGUGGUGAUCCUGGGCAGCAGCGAUGGUCGCGGUAGUGACUCUGAAUCGGACAUGCCACACAGGAGGAUGCCAGACAUGAGGAAAGAUGACAUGCUGGCCCGGAGGACAUCUUACAACGAGCCCAGAUCAGCAAUGCCUUUCAAUCAGUACCUGCCCAACAAGAGCAACCUCACGGCCUACGUCCCCACACCUCUGCGCAAGAAGGCGGCAGAACGCCAGGAGUACCGCAAGAGCUGGAGCACCGCCACUUCACCCAUCGGGGGCGAGCGGCCAUUCAGCCACCCUGAAACAAUAGAAGAAGAAUACUGUGAAACUUCUGUUUGCUAUGAAGACGAUGGCAUGGCACGUGCAGAGCAAGAGGCCGGCCACAGAGCAGCGAAGUCUCGGGUAGAUAAUGUUCAGUAUCAAGAAAUCGGAAGAGGCCAUUCCCAAACUGAUAGGCCGAAGGAAAGCCUACCGCACAAGUGGGAGGGAAAGGAUGAGGAGGAAGUGAAAAGGCUGCAAAGACUUGAGAAGGCUGCCGUCAGGGUCUUGCCAACAUCAGUGCGCUACAGCAGGCCAGACAGUGAAGAAAGCCAGCCCGCCCCUCCGGAUAUAAUCCUCCGUCGAGAUAACGACUUUCUAAAGUGCCAGCAGGAGGGGGAGUCCGACUCAGAGGACAAAGAGCAGGAGCAGAGACUGCCGGACAUUGAGAAGGAUGACCUGGCCUCCAGGAAAGCCAGAAUGAACCAGUUCAAACCCAAAGUUCCACAUAACACAUUUUUGCCAAUGCCGUGCUCACAGAGAGAUGAGGAAAAAUGGGAGAACAUCAAGAAAGCUACCCACCUCGUUACAAGAAGCCCACUGGAUAGACAACAAGGAGUGACCAGUGAGGAAACCUCAAAGAUCUAUUGCCAGGCUUACACAGACAAGGGCCUGCCUGCGAUAGGGGCAGAGACUGCCGCUCUGGACGAUAUAGCCAGCCGCAGGGCCAAAGCAAACAAAGCUCUGGGCAGCAAACAACGUUUUAUACAUUUUGGCCCGGUGCCAGAGAUAGAUCAGAAAUGCUGGGAGAAGCUCAGCAUUGCCAAGGCUGAUUCGGAGAGUGAACCGGCAGGAGAUGGGAGCAGCAAUGAAGCUGAAGUCAACAGAUGUCUUGUUCCGGCUGCUGCAGGGGCGACUCCGGCUGCCAGCUGUAGCAUUCAGCACAUUGAACAGGUUGCCAGUGAGUCUAAACAGUCAUUCACAGCCCAGUGUUGCCCCGGAAGCCCUUCAUUUGUACGAGCAGUCCGUAUUCAAACUAGAGAAGAGGGGACACAAUGGCCUGCCGGGACUCAAGCUGACAGUGAGGUCGGGGGACAGGAGGAGAAGCAGCCCGAUCCCAAGAAAGAUGACAUGUUGGCCCGCAGAACUGGGGCCUUCCAGAAAACAAGCAGCAGCCCCUCUUUUAACAAGUUCCUUCCUAUGCCUGCGUCCUUGCAGCCAAAGAAAGAGGGCACCAAAGGGACUCUAAAAGAGGAGAGGACAAGGCAGAGUAGCUCUGCCUUAUCGAGCCCGGUGGAUCAGUACAGACAGGCGACACCAGUUGUCUUGACAACAGUCACUGUUACUACCAAGGAGUGUCCUCAGACAACCAGAAAAUGUCUUCAGCUGAGCAAACGGGAGAUGGAGAAAGAGGAGCAGGAGGAAGAGGUGGCGAAAGAGAGCUUUCCAGAUUUGGAAAAAGAUGACAUGAUGACCCGUCGUGCUCUGGCCAUUCACAGACAGAGAGCAACUGCUGCCAGUCAGUUCCUCCCAGUCCCAGCCUCUCGGCAGGCUUGGCCGAGCGAGGCCAGCAGAGAUGGCAAACCAAGGAGGAGGCCAUCUUGGUUAGAUGACGAUCUCCCACCAAUAUACAGCCACACAGCUUCUGUGUCUGAUGAUGCAGAUUAUUUAUCCACACUCCUUCCAGUGAGGGCUGCAAGAAGUGUGAGCAUGAUCGAUAUGAGGUGUGAGGACGAGGCGAUCCUGCAGCCGCACAGCAAGGCUCGCCACGAGCAUCUGCAUGAUUUACACAACCGCCUACUAGAAGAAGAUGAUAAGUGGCAGGAUGACCUGGUCCGCUGGAAGAACAGAAGGAGAAGUGCAUCUCAAGACCUAAUAAAGAAAGAGGAGGAGAGGAAGAAGGUGGAGAGGCUAAUGAGUGGAGACCGUGACUUGUCAGAAAGGAGGAAAAGCAUCAAGACCUACAGAGAGAUUGUCGAGGAAAAGGAGCGCAGAGAGAGAGAGCUUCACGAGGCCUACAGAAACGCGAGCAGUCCUGAGGAGGCUGAGGCCAUCCUGCGCCGCUAUACUCAGCGCUUCACCGUCAGCGAGGCCGUCCUGGAGCGGCUGGAGAUGCCAAAGUUCCUGGAGAGGAGUGUGUCUGUGGACUCGGACACCCCUUCGUCCCCCACAAAGGAGGCCUCCAACCCCAUGAAGUACCUGCGGCAGAAGUCCCUGCCAGCCCCCAAGUUCACAGCUACUGUGGAGGCCACCAUCUCAGUGGAACCCCAGCCGCAAGUCAGCCCCCCACAGACCUCUCCUACUAGAACUGUUUCCACCAAGGCAGUGCCUAUGCUGAGCCCCAAGCCUUACUCGCAGCCCAAGAACACCCAGCCAGCACUUAAGUCAUUCAAGGUGGAUGGAAUGGUCAGAGUGAAUGGAGAAACCGGUGAAGCAUUCAACGGAGCAGAGGAUGAAAGGGAAAGUGCGUCUGUAAAGAUUUCCCUGACCAAAUCACAGGUGAUGGAAAGUGCAGACGGAGCGAAUACAUCACCAGUGGACACGGUAAUCCAUACAUCUCCAUUCAAGUCUCAAGAGAAUGCCAUGGUUAAUACAUCUCCAUUGGAGAGCAAGGUCGAUGCAUCUGCAGCAAAAUCGCCAGAGCAACCCGGGACGCAUAUAUCCCCAGUAAAUUCAGAGGAGGGUACUUUUGGAAAGGACCCUGCACCAGCAAAGCCAACAUCACUCCCAACUGAUCCGUGCAGAGAGAACCUUGUGUCUGAAAAGCAAGAUAAGAAGGAGACUGAGACGUCACAAAAAGAUGAAGAGCAUGUUGUUCAGGCCUUAGAAACUCAGAGCAGGUCUGUCGAGAGCAGUGUGGUGACUCAACAGAGUGAUGCCGACAGCAAGAACUUCCCAAGAGAAGGACAUCUAAAUAUGCCAGAGAGUAUGAACUGUCAGAGCACUGUUGUACUGAACACAGUACAGUACUCCUUGACAACAAAGCAACCAGAACAGGAAAUGGAAGACGGAUUUGACAGCGUUGCAUCAGAGAAGAGGCAAGUGACACUCCCUGAAAUCCAGACAUCAUAUCUGCCAGCUGAAGAAGAUUCUGGUCCAAGUGAGGAAAACUCAAAUACCCCAGCCCCUCCAUUCACUCUGCCUAAACGCAAUGACUACUGGUCUUGGGACCCAGAGGAGGAGCGCAAGCGUCAGGAAAGAUGGCAGCAAGAGCAGGAACGCUUGCUUCAGGAGAAGUACCAGCGGGAGCAGGAUAAGCUGAAGCAGGAGUGGGAGAGAGCCCAGAAAGAGGUGGAAGAGGAGGAGCGCCGAUACCAUGAAGAGGAACGUAAAAUUCUGGAGGAGACGGUGGCCCCUUUGACACCACGUUCGUCAACACUGUCCUCCCCCAGCCGCAGUGACCAGCCUCUUCUACCCCUGGACCCCGAGGGCGCUAUAGUGAGGUCGCUGGCAGACUGGGAACACAAGCAGGAGCUCCUGGAGAAACAGGCGCAGAGGUCUAAGGCAGAAGGUUGCGAGAAGGAUGAAAAGCAAAGGGAAACUACUGAUCAGCCGGCUAUCGCCAAUGAACAGGAGCCCACUGUGAAGGCAGAUGAACAAGUGAAAGUGACAGAAAGUUCACACAUUUGCCACACAGAAACGCUCGCCCAGAGCCAGCAAAACGAUCAAAAGCUUCUUUCAGACAACAGUCAGUCGGCAGUGUCCGAGCUUCAGUUCAUUCCGGAUGCAUCAUGGAACAACAAGCAGCUCUGUACGAAGCAGCCAGAGGAGGUCUGGAGAAAGACGGCCUCUCUGGAUCGAAACUGGAGUCAAACCUCAGUCACGGGAGGAAUGAAAAGGUCUGGGUCCUAUGAAAAUUUAGGAACAACCCCAUCCAAGUCAUCUCCAUGUUCACCUAAUCUUCAAACUCAGUCACCCAACAGGUCUAUCAGUGGAAAGAAAGUGUGUUCUAGCUGCUCACAGCCCCUUGGAAAAGGAGCUGCCAUGAUCAUUGAGACACUCGGCCUCUACUUUCACAUUCAGUGCUUCAAGUGUGGAAUCUGCAACGGACAACUGGGAGAUACAAGCACAGGGACAGAUGUCAGGAUUCGCAAUGGUAUUCUCAACUGUACUGAGUGUUACAUCAGAUCCCGAACUGCUGGUCAGCCCACAACAUUGUGACACCAGCUUGAAAUCAGUCGACAGUACGUGUGACUAAGAAGACUUCUCGUGUUGACAGCUGCUUACCAGACAAUCACCUGCAAUAACAUCCACCCAUGGACCUUUCCUUUACUAAUCACUUUUCAUAACCUGUGUUUGUAUUUUCUGACAGCUAAUACCAGACCUACAAGCUAGACUUAAAUCAUGACAACCAUAAUAUUUCACUUUAUUUGUAGAGAAAAUAUGUGGUUGAGAAAUUCACAAGCGUGGAUGAGUAUUCUCUACUAAAAUCAACAAAUUUAUCUAGUGUUAUAUGACUUGUAAGUAAUGGUUUAUUGGCUUGUAACAGUUUCAUGUUCUAUAUAAGAUAAUAUUGGAACUUGAAGAUGCAAUAAUUAUAUAUCCCUUGUCUAUUAUAUUUAAGAACUAAAACAUAAUCUUAAAUGUGUGGGUUUUAAUUAAGCAAACUAAAAGUAAUGAAAAUGUAUUGUUGAAUGUAUUAAACCAACUAGAAUAAGUAUUUCACAUUUUAUGAAAAUACUGGGAAAAGUGUGUAAUAUGUUAAUAGGUGGAUAUUUUUUUUCACCUUGAAAUUUGGGAGUUUUGGUGAAUAAAAGAAACACAAUAAUGCUAGUUGAUUUAAUUAUUGCAUCUUUUAGUUAAUCAAAUUCUUUGUUGCUUACUGCCAUUCAGAAAGCCAUUGUGACACACUCCAAUCGUGUGUGAUUUAGCAAACCCACAAUGUCUUGUUUAUGAGGAUUAAGUUUGAAUUGUUCAAAGCAUCUGCAGUGUUAGUUCUGCAACAUUUUGAUAUGAAGUGUGGCCAUCAUAAGUGUGAAUGUGAAAGGCAGCUGAAAUGUUUUCCUCUAAUGUAAAAAAUAUAUAAUAGAUUGAAAAAAAAUAAAAUAAAAAUAGAGCUGUCUUGGUUCGGGAAGUUAACAACUUGCCUUUUUAAAUGUAAAUGUGUAUUACUGCUGAAAUUCUUACUUUCAGCUAACUAAAUAUUAUCCUUCAUUUUCAAAAUAUAGUAUUUAAAAUGUGUUCAAUUGGAGCACUUAGCUUAGGCCUCAACGGUUAUAGCCAUCCAGAUAAUUUUGGAUGGCACCUGUUUUGAACUAGGUUAAGUAUUUAAUCUGCCUUGAAACAUAAUAUAGCACACAAAUAUACAUCCAUGGUUAUUUUAAGUGUCAAAGCUGGUAAAUAUGUUUUUUGUUCUUUUAUCUAAGCAAUAGGUUUCUAAGUUGGCAAUAAUUUAUUUAAACAGUAAAGAAAGGAUUUGCAUGCUAGCAGAGUGUUCAUUCAGAGAUAUAUAUUGCAAUGUUUACUGUUUGUGUGUGUUUCUGAACUAUUGUUGGUGUAUUUUUCUUGUACAUUUUUGUUAGAAUGUCAUCCUGGAGACGUCAUUGCAUUAAACCUGUGCCUUAGAAAAGCAAGCGGUUGCACACAGUGGAAUGUUGGGUCUCUGGAGUCAAUGGCCACAUUUUCUUUUUCUUCUGACUGUUGUUCUAUAUGUUACAAGGUUGUCAUAGACUGUGAUACAUUAUUGCACCCAACAUGUGACAUACGACUUUUGAAACACAAAUGUUUAUAACAAAAUGAAUUCUUACAUUUCUUGUACUGCUUAUCGCUUUAUGGAAAAUAUGGACAUUGUAUGUAAUAACACAUCCUGUAUUUGUUUCAUAGACCCAUUGUUAUGCUUAUGAUUGUUUUGUGAAUUCAUAUAAACCAUGCUCUCUCUCUCUCUCUCUCUCUCUCUCUCUCUCUCUCUCUCUCUCUCUCUCUCUCUCUCUCUCUCUCUCUCUCUCUCUCUCUCUCUCUCUCUCUCUCUCUCUCUCUCUCUCUCUCUCUCUCUCUCUAUAUAUAUAUAUAUAUAUAUAUAUAUAUAUAUGUGUGUGUAUAUAUAUAUAUAUAUAUAUAUAUAUAUAUGUUUAUAAUAUAUAUUUGUUUAUUAAACCUGAAGCACAGCUUUACUAGCAUUUAAUAAUCAGCCACAAUCCAUGCAGUAUAUUCACCAGCAUAGAACACAGUUGAGUACAGUGAAGCAUGUAGCUGCCAGUCUGUGUUUCACUGAGGUUGUUCUGUUAAGACUGUGUUCAGUCAAGAUAUAUACAUCUCUGUUUGGAUUAUGCCAAGUUUAGUAGAAGCAACAUUAAAAUAAUGGUUAUUUUAAGCAUUAUUUCUUUAUAUUUUCUGUAGCUUGCAGUAAGAUUGCAUUCAGUUUCUAGUAUCUAUCUAGCUACUCACUCUCAUGUUUGUUUUCCUCUUCAGAUAUGCAGUAUUGUAAGAUUUAGUAUGUGUAUUGUUAGAUUUAUUUAGAUAGACUAAAGGUAUGAAGUGAACGGACCAGACAAGGACCUGGUAUAUUAGGUAAUAUUGUACCGGGGGGAGGGGCUAAUGUUCAAAACAAUAAUGAUACUUGUGUUCAAGUUCUAUAUUUAUUGUGAUAUUCCUCUAAAACAAUAGAUGUAAAAAAAAUGUUUGAAUGCAAUGGCUUUUAUAGCAAAUGUAUGUUUAUAAAUAAAAUGUUUAAAAUUGGCAGCAA